CAUGGUUCUCGCAAUACCCAAUACUUACAGCUUCAAAUUCAAAUCUAUAUUCAAAUUAAACAAGAAAUCUAUAAAGCAUCAUCUGGAUGAACGAGUCAAUUGUCAUAAUGAUCUUCUAUCCUAUUUGCCGGAAGAGAUUCUUUUGAACGUAUUCGCAAAUCUUGACAGCCCAACAGAAUUUAUCUGCACAAGCCGCUAUUUUGCAUCCUUGGGAUCUUCUCCACGAUUUGUAGCACAUUGGAUCACGUUGCGCUACGGAAAGAGCUGUGCUCUGUACUGCGCCCUGACGAAGCACUCUGAAAUAUGCGAUGACAAACUCGUUCGUUGCCUGAUGACACUUCAAGUGGAUAUGCCGAGAUACUUGCUGCAGAUGUUGAUUGAAAAUUAUCGUGGACCACGCAGAGCGUCAGUAAAGUCCUCGAACUCAACGAAUCAGUCUGGUGGGAAGCUUUCGACCUUCACUGACGCUAUCAGCAUGCUUCCUUUCUCUGGAUACGCUGCAGUCAUCAACGCCGCUUUUGAAAAAUACGGUGAUGUCUUUACAUCAGAGGAAAAUGAUUUUUCGACGGUCAUCCGGAUAUUGGGAGAGCUCCAAAACGGUAGUGCCAGCGAAGAGAAGCAAGCACAACUGGAGCAGAUAUUUUUGGAAAAGCAAUUUUCGCCAAUAGAAACAAAGCAAGACAUAUCUCCUGUUAUACUGGAAGGAUUUGAAAAAUUUAUUUCCACUCGAGCAAAAAAUUGAAACCAACGACUGAUUGUCGAACUUGAUACCCUCCCCCCUUCCUAUUAGUGUACAGUGCUCUCAUUAAAUAAUUUUUGCCUCUAUCUUGGGAGUUAACAGCUCCGUAUCAAAAUGUUGAAAUUUGCUAAAAUGAAGAAAAGCAGGCUUUACCUCCCUUA